AUGGCUGUCUCCAAAGCUGUUGCAUUUAGAGAGGCGGAGGCGAGGCUGCUGCACCCGCCUAAGGGGGCCGUCUUUAUCAGUGAUUGGCUUACGCAUUCAAUGAUUAGGAGAUAUUUGGCUCCAUUCGCAGAGCAGCAAUGGCCUGCUGUCGUCAAGUGGACAUUCGUCUUAGGGGUGGUGUCUCUCCGCAAUUCGGGUUUGGCGCUGCAUGCACUCUCAGUAGAAGACCUCAUCGGCAUCGUCAAUGCGAACACGGAUAUAUCCCUCACCCCGGCGCACAGGUUGGCGCCGCUGCAGCUGCUGCAAGGGAGCAGAGGACGAAGUGAAGCAGCAGCAGCUGCUGCUGCUGCUGCUGCUAAUCGCAGCAGAAGCACCGGAGCGAAGGCCAGCAGUUUGUGGCGCAAAGGCGAUGAUGGAACUGCCCCCAGCAGCAGCAGAUACCCCGCCUGGUGGGGAGACGGAGACGAGCUGCAAGAGGAGGGGGAGCAGCAGCAGCAGCAACAGCAGCAGCAGCAGUUUGACUGCACUUUGCUGCCUCUAUCACUGCAUCAAGGGCAGCAACAGCCGCAGCAGCAGACGCUGCAGAACAACAGCCAGCAGCAGCAGCAGCAGCAGCAACAGCAGCAGCAGCAGCAGGAUCAGGAGGAGGCGGAGCUAGCACAGCAGAUGGAGUCCCUGCAGCAGCAGCAGCGGCACCUGGAGCAGCAGAAAAGAAGACUUGAGCAGCAAAUUCGUGAGCAGCAGCAACAACUCGCCGUGGCUUCGCAGCAGCACCAGCCGCAACAACGGGAGCAGCAGCGCCGGCAGCAACCGCAGCAGCAGCAACAGCAGCAGCAGCAGCAGCAGCAGCAACAGCAACAGCGGGCCCCCUUGGAAGAUGAAGAGGCCGAUGCUCUGGUGCGGCGCCUGUUGCAGCAGCUAAAACAAAAGCAGCUGCAGCAGCAGCAUCAGCAGCAGCGACAUCCACAGCGGCAGGAGCAGCAGCAGCAGCGGCUGCUGCGGCAGCGGAACCUGCAGCCAGGGACAGCAGCAGCAGCAAAACGAAAUGUCUCUGGCUUCUUUGCAGACCGUGAAGCAGCAGAGCAGGUAUUUUUAUCUUCAUUGAGGCCUGAUAGCAACUAUGCACCUGCUGCUGUUGCUGCUGCUGCUGCUGCUGCUGCUCGAUCCACAGCAGCAGCAGCAGCAGGGAACCGGAGACACCUGCGCACUCUCGGCGGCUACAUCAGCAGCAACGGGAGACUGCAGCAGCAUGUUGGUACUGCUGCUGCUGCUGACAGCAGCAGCAACGUACAGAAGGCCCUCACACGCACACAGGGGCUGCUGCUAAGGCAGCAAAUGAAGCAGCAGCUCUUGCUGGAGCAGCAGCUGCUGAGGCAGCAACAGCAAGAACAGCUGCAGCAGCAACAGCUGCAGCAACAGCAGCUGCAGCAGCAGCUCCUUGUGCUGCAACAGCAACUGCAGCAACAGCAGCUGCAACAGCAACAGCAACAGCACCAGCAGCAACACACACGCAUCCCUGCUAGUGUGGAGGCUCAGCUGCAGCAGCAGCAGCGGAGGCAUCAGCAGCUGCAGCAGCAACAGCAGCAAGCAGAGAAGGUGAAGCAGCACCAGCAGUUUCUACAGCAGCAGUUUGAAGAGGCGCUACUGCAAGAAGGGCCCGGAGAUGACAGCAGCAGCAACAGUAGCAGCAGCAGCAGCAGCAGUAGCAGCAGCAGCAGUAGCAGCAGUAGCAGCAGCAGCAGCAGCGCAGUUCCCUCCUUGUUAAUGCCUACGGAACGCCCACCCCCACAUGCAGACAGCAGCAGCAGCAGCAGCAGCAGCAGCAGCUACUCUGCUGUAGUGCCAUAUAGCGGUCCGAGGCGGGCGGAGGAGGCGACCGCAGGUGAAUCACCGCACCCUGCAGCAGCAGCAGCAGCUGCUGCUGCUGCAGCAGCUGCAGCAGCAGCAGCAGCAGAGUUGGCGAGUUCUCCGAUUCGGUCUUCCGUCUUAGCUGUGGAUUCUCUUAAAGAAGAGUUCUCUCCGCAUGCAUCGCCAGCAGCAACAUCUCCUGAAGCAACAGCAACAGCAGCAGCAGCAGCAGCAACAGCGGAGGGUGCGGCCGACUCCAGCGACUCCGAAGCAGCAGCAUCUUCUUUAGGAAUUGGUGUCUCCUCCUCUGUCUCCCCAGACAGGCUGAACUCGUGGCAGCAGCAACAACAACAGCAACAGCAGCAGCAGCAGCAGCAGCAGCAACGUGUGUCUGCUGAAGAUUUGAUCGAGCAGUUCACCAUAGGGAGACCCGUGAAGCAUCCACUGCAGCAGCAGCAGCAGCAGCAAGACGCAGCAGCAGCAGCAGCAGCAGCAGCGGGAGAAGAACUGACAUCGGCGAUGCUUGACGGCAUGCUAAAGGGCUAUGGUGUAUGCGUGAGCAGCAGCAACAGCAACAGCAACAGCAGCAGCAGCAGCAGCAGCAGCAGCAGCUCCUCGCUGGAGCAGCAGCAAACGAAUGCUACAGCAGCAUCAGAAUACACCAGCAGCACCAUCGAAGGCUUCGCCUCUAUGAACGCAUCUCUCGCCUUAGCAGCAGAGCAGCAAGCUCUAGCUGCUGUAUCUGCUGCUGCUGUUGCAGCAACAGCAUCAGCAGCAGCAGCAACUGCGCCCAUCCAGAACGCCGCCUCCCGGAGACAUUUUGCUGCUACAGCAGCAGCAGCUGCUGCUGCUUCAGCGUUCGAUAGCAGCAGCAGCAACACACCUGAUAGCGCCAGUGAGGUUAGCACAGCAGCGUUAAUAGCAGGGAGUGAACAAGAAAUACACAAGGCCCUCUUGCAGCAGCAGCAGCAGCAGGAGCAGCAGCAAGAACAGCAGCAACAGCAGCGACUACCGCGCGCAUGUGCGUUCGAUAUCCCCCUAGACUGA